AUGGCGCUCGACAACUAUUAUCGCAACAAGAUUGAGAGCAUGAAGCUCGAAAUCAUUCAGGGUCAGGCUGUCUUACGAAGACUGGAAGCACAGCGCAAUGACUAUAAUUCGAGGGUGCGGUUACUUCGGGAAGAACUCGGCCUGCUUCAACAGCCUGGAUCCUAUGUCGGGGAGGUAGUCAAAGUGAUGAGCACCAAGAAAGUCCUCGUCAAAGUGCAUCCCGAGGGCAAAUAUGUGGUGGACAUUGCGGAUGGCGUUGAUAUCAGCAAGCUCACUGUAGGAAAGAGGGUCGCUUUACUCUCGGAUUCCUAUAAGUUGGAGAAGAUGCUACCCUCGUCGGUUGACCCGCUGGUGUCGCUAAUGAUGGUCGAGAAGGUGCCUGACAGCACGUAUGACAUGAUUGGUGGACUCGACCAGCAGAUCAAGGAAAUCAAGGAAGUCAUCGAGCUUGGCUUAAAACAUCCGGAGUUGUUCGAGUCGCUUGGUAUCGCACAGCCAAAGGGAGUACUUCUCUACGGACCUCCAGGAACCGGCAAAACCCUGCUUGCCCGAGCGGUAGCCCAUCAUACCGAUUGUCGGUUUAUCAGAGUGAGCGGAUCGGAAUUGGUGCAAAAAUACAUCGGUGAAGGUAGCCGCAUGGUUCGCGAGCUAUUCGUAAUGGCUCGAGAGCAUGCUCCCAGUAUCAUAUUCAUGGAUGAGAUCGACAGCAUUGGGUCCAGCCGCAUAGACUCGGCGGGCUCGGGUGAUUCAGAGGUACAGCGGACGAUGCUUGAGCUUCUCAAUCAAUUGGACGGAUUUGAGCCUACCAAAAACAUCAAGAUCAUCAUGGCCACCAACCGGCUUGACAUCCUGGACCCGGCCUUGUUACGUCCUGGCCGGAUUGACCGGAAGAUUGAGUUCCCCCCGCCGUCGGUGGAAGCACGUGCCGAUAUUUUGCGAAUCCACUCGCGGUCGAUGAACUUGACGCGAGGCAUCAACCUAACGAAGAUUGCGGAGAAGAUGAACGGAUGUUCUGGAGCUGAACUGAAGGGUGUGUGCACGGAAGCAGGCAUGUACGCUCUGCGAGAGCGGCGAGUACAUGUUACUCAGGAGGAUUUCGACCUAGCCACCGCCAAGAUUCUCAACAAGCACGACGACAAAGAAGUCGCGGUCUCCAAGCUUUUCAAGUAA